AAUAAAUGAUUUUAUACAAUCUGCUUCGUCACUUCAAUGAUUCGUCACAACUAUCGUUUACUUUGCAAUUUCUCAAGCGACCAAUCACAGCAUCGUUUUUAUUUGAUUAGAGGUGAAUCCCGAUUUCGCGCCACGAUGGACAAGUGAAGCCCAGAAUGCAGACGCCGGUUCUCACGCGCCAAUCGAGAAACCGCGUACAUAUGAUACAUAGAGCGCUCUUCUCAAGUAUGUGUGCGUGUGAGCCGCGUUGCAUUCGAGGCUUCACUGCCGCGAUGAACGGAUUUGUUCUCGUCGCACUAUAUUUCUCACGAUUGCGUCUGUCUAUAAGUGAAUCUCGCGAGCCAAAAGUUAACGCGUGUGUAUCGUUAAGUACUAGACUGUCGUCGUGAUGUAUUAGAUAUCGUGUACGAUCACUAUUGUUACAACUUCGAUGUCGGUAACCUGCUGCUGUGUUUGGCCGGGCUCGAGUGAAGUCGACCAAGUAGCCAUCUAUAAUUUGCAAACAGAAAUGCUUGCAAGACAAUGAACCAAUCACAGCGCCGCUUUUAUAUUUGACUAGUGAUCAGUUAUGAAUUCGCGCCGCGACGGAUGGACAGGUUUCCGUAUCGCUCCGUACUUUCCGCGAUCGUGACGGUUUAAAAGUGAACCUUCGUGCGUAAGAAGUUAUCGCGAGUGCUUUGUAAUAUAUCGAGUUUUCGUCGUAACGCAUUAAGUAUCGUGUUCAAUAGCUAAUGUUGUGAUACCGGUAUCGGCGACCCGCUGCCGUGUGCCUGGCGUCUUCGGAGCUGCCUCCGUCUUUCUCACGAUGUUUUCUCGCCGAAGUACAAUAGUGUACAACUGCUUCACGAUCAUCACGCACGAGGAAAAGAACUCCGAACUGCGAGAAAGAAAUUAUACGAAGAUCCGUGAUUACGAACCAAGGAAUUAUUUCUACGAUACUAAAGCGCCGCACGGACCAGUGAUCGCAUGAUUCCAAUGGCCUCAUCGUUGUUGAAAUGUGUCUCAAAUAAAGAAAUCGUAUUCAUCGCGAAAUCUGAUAUCUAGAAGUAUUCGAAAAGUCGACGUAUUCAAGGUAACGGUACGCCAGGUGUUUAUAAGUUACUCGGAGGUGCCAGAACGCGCCGAGCGGAUUAUGAUUAUUCACAUAUGAAAAAUGAUAUAAAAGACGCAGAAAAUCAGGGGGAUUUCUAUAUCGGUCACAGCGGUGACCCGUGGGGUGCCUCCUCGGCGCGUAAUUACGAGGACAUUUACGUGCGCGUAUCGUCGUCGGCAAAUACGACGGUGAACAACACGAAAGCGCAACCCACCGCAACGAAGGGAAGAGAGACGACGAGCCAUACGAGAUUCAAGAGGGGAGUGAUACAUCUUUACAAUAUGGUGGUAUGCGCUACAGGAUGCAAUCCUUUGGUUUACAAAGGAUACGGGUGCUACUGCGGAUUUUUAGGUUCCGGCUACGUCAUCGACGGUAUCGACCAGUGCUGCAAGAUGCACGAUUGGUGCUACGACGCCACAGAGUGUGCUAUGUUCUCGGAAUACUUCGUACCGUAUUACUGGAGAUGUUAUCACGGUUACAAACCAGUUUGCGCGGUUGAGCACGGCAGCUGGGGAGGAUCCGGAUCUUGCUCACAACGUUUAUGCGAGUGCGAUCGCUCGUUAGCCGAGUGUCUGAAAAGAUAUCCUUGUCCUACAACCAAAGCAGUUUGUACCUCAUCGCCCUGGAGACUCGUGCAGAAUCUCUUCAUGAUUAUAUAAAUUGUUUUUUUUAUCGGUCAGAGUCAAGUUCUGAAGGAUGAUAAAAACUUUAUCUUCCAAUGUUAGAUUUAUUUCACAUUGGAGUUUUGUACAAGACUUUGUUUUGUGUACGUAAUUCCUAGAAGCCAUAGUAUGUCAAGGAAUAAAAUCAUCACGAUAUUUGGACAAAUAAGUUAAAUGCCAAAGAAGAUAUGGAUUAUUCUAGAAAUUACAAGCUUCAAUUUUUCUAGGGUAUCAACGA